AUGCCACGACGUCCAAUGCAAUCUCGAUUGGUAAGUGCAUUGCGUCCACAGUUAGAGCACUUUAAUAAAGAAGUAUACUGCAAAUUAUGGACACCUUUGGCAAUUGCUAUUGGUGUUAUAAAGGCCUUCAAGAAGCAUCUUACAGCUGACUUCAAAGCACGUCCAAUCCCCGAAUUUGCAAAACAUUUGAGAGGACAAGCUUUAGUCGACUACGUAAAUAAAGCCCAACCAUUUUUUAAGGCAAAGCUUCCCUCGAUGUCCUAUGAACAGCUCAAGUAUAGAAUAAUGGAUUGGAAGUAUAUAGAAACAUCUGAUCCAAUGAUAAGAGGCAAAGCCCCUGAAAUCGAAACGGAAAUUCCAGAAAGGUAAUA